AUGCAUCGAACAACAAGACGACCGGCCCCUCUCGAUUUCUCGCUGCAAUCCAACUCUGCGUACGGUAUCGACAGGCGGAAGUAUCUUGGCGUGCCCAAUUCACAAUCCAGUCCAGUCUACCUUGAAGCACCAGUACGGGACGGGCUUCACACUCCACCAGGAGACAAUAUGGGGACUACGUAUCAACAUCCGCAAUACACAAACUACGCUGGUCGACAAGAUCCUCCCUACUCCAUACCCUCGGUUGGACAAAAUGGUUAUGCUGGUGCAUACGCAGAGGCGAGCGCUGCCCCAAAACAAUACUCCACACUGAGCCAACCCACCGCUCAAGUUCCUUCUCAAAUUCCCACAUCAGCCCUUCGAAAUGAGGUUCAAAAUGUGCUACCUCCAUAUAGACAGCCGUCAAGUCCUGCGCCUGCCAGCAGAACAAACAUCAUGGGGCCCGUGGAGGAACAGUCCCGCGGGAAGAGUACAAAUAGAGACAUGAUUAUUCCGAAUUUGCAGAUACCUUCUUCGAUAAAUGAUAGUGGAGGCAGUUUGGCCGAAUUUGCUGCCCAGAUUACAUGCUUAUUCUGGUUUGAAUCGACAGAAACGUUAAACCGGGCUGAGAGUAUGGGUCCUUCUUCGUCCCCAAUCAAAAGAUUACGGAAUGAAGCUCUACCUUCGAGCGGGUUCAGAAAAUGGGUAGUCACGAUUCUGUCAACAACUCAGGUUACGCAAAAUGUUAUACUGUUGGCACUUUUGUUCAUUUACCGACUAAAGAAAAUCAACCCAGCAGUGAAAGGUAGAAGCGGGAGUGAAUAUCGGCUUUUGACUGUAGCGCUGAUGUUGGGCAAUAAAUUUCUCGAUGAUAAUACGUACACUAACAAGACAUGGGCUGAGGUAUCCGGAAUAUCAGUCACCGAAAUUCACGUUAUGGAGGUCGAGUUUCUGAGCAACAUGAGAUAUAGCUUGUUGGCAUCGGAAUCUCAGUGGAAAGAUUGGCAGGCAAAGCUUGGAAAUUUUUGGACCUUUUGCGAUCGGGCAUCCAAGGCUCCAGUACUUCAAUAUUCUCCAAGUAUGGACCCGAUCUUGCCAUCGCCCCCAGUUUCCAUGCAAGCUUCACCCCCUUCGCAAACACCUUCUCUCGCAAGCGGAUUUUCGUCAAGUUCGGCCAGCUCCAGCUCUAGUUCCAGCCACUACAACCAGCAAUGGCCUGUCAAUAACUACCCGACUCCUCUACCGUCUAUGCCAGAACACGAUUUGCGCUCAACUCGAAAGCGGAGUUAUGAAGGUGAUGCAGAGGAGCCAGCUCCAAAGCGGACCACGAGACCAUCUCCGAAUAGACCAGCAGGUUUCGCCCCAACUGCACCUCCGAUGAGGCACGACGUUCCUAGAUUACCAGUUCCAAAUUUGACAAUUUCAACCAGCCAACCCAUGAGCACUGGUUACAAUUCAGCCUCCAGCUUGAAUGGUCCCGUUCUCCCACCUAUCGGUGGGAGAGCAAUGUCUUCAGUCUAUCCCACCACACCAUCCUGGACUCCACAUUUACCAGCAUUGACACCUACUGGACCCCCAAGCCAACACGGCCCUCACAGUGCUGGUGGCUACACGACCCCCUCUCACCGCCAAAGCCCCCAUUCGGUACAGGAGUUAUUAUCCCUCGGGUCUUCACCAAUAUCGGCCAGCUUUCCCCACAAUCCCGGUCAUAUCUCUCCUUCUCUCUUUCUUCAGCAAAGAAACUCGCCUUACAAACCAGUCCGACAUGUAAACACACUUUUAUAUCCACCGCCAUCUGGAUCAAUGCAAGGCUUCUCCACAAACCCCGGUCAAAUGCACUACCAACCGCUAGGAAGGAGGAAUGACUACCGUUCAGGCGUUGUUCCCGAAUACAGCUACCCAUAUCAGCAGUACCCUGUUCUACCACAACCUAAUUUUCACGCCUAA